AUGCCUCGUCGCAGCUCCGGAGGAAGAUCUACUUUUCGCCCUCGUCCUGCAGCCGCACGUAGCCCACCUCCACAAACUGUGAAUCGUGCUCCUCCUCCAGCAACAGCUCAGACCAAUGGCGGUGGUUCUAUGUUUGGGAGUCUCGGCUCAACCAUAGCUGAUGGUAUGGCUUUUGGUACCGGAAGUGCAAUUGCACACAGGGCUGUGGAUGCUGUGAUGGGACCAAGAACCAUUAAGCACGAGACCGUAGCUGCUGCUGGUUCUGAGGCUGUCACUGCUGCUACUCCUGUGGGUUCUGGUGGCUCUUGUGAGAUUCAGUCCAAGGCUUUCCAAGACUGUGUCAACAAUUUCGGAAGCGACAUCAGCAAGUGCCAGUUCUACAUGGACAUGUUGUCUGAGUGCAGGAAGAACUCUGGUUCGAUGAUGGCUGCUUAA